AUGGAAGGACAAACAGAUGGUGACACAGACACAGACAGAGACAGACUCAGUGAUCUACCUGACCAUCUUCUUCUACGUAUAAUUGAAUUGAUCGACGUUAAACUUUCUGUCCAGACUUGUGUUUUGGCUAAACGAUGGAAGGACCUUUGGAAAAGUCUAGCUAAUCUCAACUUGCUAUACUUCUCCAGUGACAAUAGUCACAUUUUCAACAAGUUUGUUUCUCGUAUUCUGUCUGGUCGUGACGAUUCUGUUUCCCUUCAUAGCCUAAAUUAUGUGCAUGUAGAUGUGGUAGACCCCCCUAAAGCCACACUUUUUGAAGCCAUGCAAUAUGCUGCAUCACAUAAUGUGAAGCAACUCCGAGUCGUUUUUUGCACAUGGAGCCCCACAGGGUAUCCUGACUUGUCCCCUCCCGUAGAGUCUCUUGAGUGGCCCCCUUCCCUCUUUUAUUGCCGCACUUUGACAUUUCUUGAGCUUGACCUUCGGCACCCAUUUUUGUCCGAUAACAUUGGUAAGAGAAUGUUUCCAAAGUCUUUGAACUUGCCGGUACUGAAAACCUUGUUUCUUCUGAAUCUUACCUUCGCUACAAAUGAAAAUGGUUAUGCUGAGCCCUUUUCAUCUUUUAACAUGUUGACUACUUUGCUCAUUAGGGGUUGUUAUCUACAGGAUGAUGCCCAAGCCCUCUGGAUAUCCAAUUCCAACGUUACUAGAUUGACCGCAGGUGGUUCAAGAAUGAUCGAACAAGCUGACAAUUACAAAUAUCUGUUUUUUACUCCAAAACUUAUUUCUCUCACUAUCACCGACCGUCCUAACUUCCUAGCCCCUUGUGCAGAGAAUUUACCUUUUCUAACUGAGUUAAAGAUUGAUUACGUUUUUUUUUCUAAAACCUAUGAAGAUUUCGUCCUGAAAAGUUGGCUGUCCUUGCUUGCUAAUGUCAGUAUAAUUACUCUCGGUUUCGAUACCCUUGUGAAGAUAAUUAGGGUAAGUUACUUUAGUGUCCAGUUGGUUGAAAAUAAUGGUUCAACCACAAUUCUACACCCUUGCUUUGCUAGAUUGAAAUCAUUGAACGUGAAAAUGGAUUCAAGGGUUACGGCACCUAUUAAGAGAGUAAUAGAAAUGAUAGGAGAUGUACUUAUAAAUUCUCCACUGAUUGAAGUAUUUAUAUUUAGGACUGGAAACAGAGACCAGAGUAAGGAGUUAAAAGAGUGCAUCAGAAAUGAAUUAGAAGCAUGA